CAUAUAUGUAACGUUGUAGAGGAUACACGUGCUUUAAAACCGCAAGAGGUUGCGCUUUACGAGCUUAAUAUUUAUGUAUCCGGUGAUGCUAAGAGAAUCCACGAUUCAUUCGGACACAACGACUUACCAUGGAACAUCCGAAAGUUUCUGAAGAACCAACUGCGAGACUUCCAAUUUGACGAUUUGACAAAGAGCCACCCUUGGUCCCACACAGCCUGGAGUCAUACGGACUUGCGACGACUGAAAGAAGGAAUGGUUGCAGCUCAAUUCUGGUCGGCGUACGUACCGUGUUCGUCACAGCAUCUCGACUCGGUGCAGUAUCGAACGAGCGCACAAAGAAGGGAGACUAGCAAGUCUGAUUGGUGUCGAGGGUGGACACGCAGUUGGCACCAGUUUGGCAGUGCUGCGAAUGCUGUACGAAUUGGGAGCCAGAUACCUAACCCUCACCCACACGUGCAAUACACC